GCUGUUCAAAAUGGCGGUGUCCUUGAGGAGCAGACCCUUGAAUUUAUUAUCGGGCGCUCUGAGCCGGUGCGCCGCUCAACCCUGGUAUGGCCCUGGCUAUCGAGGCUUCCAGACCUCUACAGUCUGUCUGAAGAACCGAGCGGCGCGGGUCCGGGUCGGGAAAGGGGACAGGCCUGUGACGUACGAACAGGCCCAUCCGCCCCACUUCAUCGCACACCGCAAGGGCUGGCUCUCCCAGCACAGCAGUAACCUGGAUGGAGAGGAGGGGGCCGCCGAGCGGACCGUGGAGGACGUGUUUAUCCGCAAGUUCAUCUUUGGUACGUUCCACGGCUGCCUGGCGAACGACGUUGUGAUCAAGCGGCGCGGCAACGCGCUCACGGUCUGCGCCGUCUUCCUGCAGAGGCUGCCGCCCCAGAAAUUCUACUUCCUGCUGGGGUACAGUGAGACCCUCCUCUCGCACUUCUACAAGUGUCCCGUGAAGCUGGAGGUGCAGACGCUGGACGAGAGGGUACCGUACAAGUACCUCUGAGCGGGGGCUGGACUCUGUGUUGCGCAGGGAGACAGGAAGACUCUCCCAGGGCAGGCGCAGUGUUGGUACAGGGAGCUGGGCACUCAUGUUGCACCCCUGAGUCCUGAACUGGGAAACUGAACCAAGAUCUCUGACCACUUACAGUAAAGCCUGCCUGUUUUUUCUUCAUGUAAAUAAACCUGGAGUGUGCAAAGGA